UCCGGGCUGUAGGCGGCGGCGGCGGCGGCGGCGGCGGCGGCGGCAGCCGAGGUGGAACUUUCUGCUUUGCCUCCACCCCGGUAGCAGCUUCGCGGUUGGGGACAGCUUCCUCCGGACGCUCCGUGGGUUUCGCUGCCAUCGCACGUCAGUCCGACAAGAUCAUGGGGUUGCCCAAGGGUCCGGAGGGCCAGAGUCUCCCGGAGGUGGAAACAAGAGAAGAUGAAGAACAAAACGUCAAGUUGGCUGAAAUUCUGGAGCUCUUGGUUGCAGCUGGAUAUUUCAGGGCAAGAAUUAAAGGCUUGUCACCUUUUGACAAGGUAGUGGGAGGAAUGACUUGGUGCAUUACUACUUGCAACUUUGACAUAGACGUGGAUUUGCUCUUUCAGGAAAACUCUACAAUAGGCCAAAAAAUAGCUCUAUCAGAAAAAAUUGUCUCAGUCCUGCCAAGGAUGAAAUGUCCACACCAGCUGGAGCCCCACCAGAUCCAGGGAAUGGAUUUUAUUCACAUAUUUCCUGUCAUUCAGUGGUUGGUGAAGCGAGCUAUAGAAACAAAAGAAGAGAUGGGUGACUAUAUCCGCUCUUACUCUAUAUCCCAGUUCCAGAAAACCUACAGUCUCCCUGAGGAUGAAGACUUCAUAAAGAGAAAAGAAAAAGCCAUUAAGACAGUUGUCGACCUUUCAGAUGUUUACAAGCCUCGUCGGAAAUACAAACGCCAGCAGGGAGCAGAGGAGCUGCCCGAUGAAGAAUCUAGAGUCCAUGCUACACUUUUGGAAUAUGGCAGGGUAACUGAUUCCUUGAUGAGAUACGGAUUUAGCCGCCAGAGCAAAACAGAGAAGACUGAGGAAGAGACAACAGCACUUCCCACAGGGCUCUCAGCUGCAGAAAAAGCAGAUACCCAUGAGGAAGAUGAGCUUCAGGCUGCUGAAGAGCAGCGUAUUCAGUCCCUGAUGACCAAGAUGACAGCCAUGGCAAAUGAGACCCGUCUCACCGCAAGCUCCGUGGGCCAGAUUGUGGGACUCUGCUCAGCUGAGAUCAAGCAGAUUGUGUCUGAGUAUGCGGAGAAGCAGUCUGAGCUAUCAGCUGAAGAAAGUCCAGAAAAAUUAGGAGCCUCACAACUAUAUCAUCGAAAAGUCAUUUCCUUAAACAAGCAGAUUCUACAGAAGACCAAACAUCUAGAAGAGCUGCAGGCAAGUCACACCAACUUACAAACCAGAUAUGAUGAAACAAAGAAAACACUGACAGAGUUAAGGAGUUAUGGUGAAAAACUGGACAAAGAUCAAGCAGCCCUGGAGCAGAUAGAAUCCAAAGCUGAUCCAAGUAUCCUGCAGAACUUGAGAGCACUUGUAGCCAUGAAUGAAAAUCUUAAAAGUCAGGAACAGGAGUUUAAAGCACAUUGUCGUGAGGAGAUGGCACGGCUGCAGCAGGAAAUUGAAACCCUGAAAGCCGAGAGAGCACCAUGUGAUGAUGGAAAGACCCUUUCCAGUGGGAAGCCGCAUGGUGCCCUAACUUCUGUGAUGAUGCAUAAUGAAGACCUAGACAGACGGUAUAAUAUGGAGAAAGAGAAACUUUACAAGAUCCGUUUAUUACAGGCUCGACGAAAUCGAGAAAUAGCAAUUUUACAUCGCAAGAUUGAUGAAGUGCCCAGCCGAGCCGAGCUAAUACAGUAUCAGAAGAGAUUUAUUGAACUCUACCGCCAGAUUUCAGCAGUACACAAAGAAACCAAGCAGUUCUUCACUUUAUAUAAUACCCUGGAUGAUAAAAAGGUGUAUUUGGAAAAAGAGAUUAGCCUGCUGAACUCCAUUCACGAGAACUUCUCACAAGCCAUGGCCUCCCCUGCUUCCCGGGACCAAUUUUUACGUCAGAUGGAACAGAUCGUAGAAGGAAUUAAGCAAAGUAGAAUGAAGAUGGAAAAAAAGAAGCAAGAGAACAAGAUGCGAAGAGACCAGUUGAACGACCAGUACUUGGAAUUAUUGGAAAAACAGAGGCUAUACUUCAAGACUGUGAAAGAGUUCAAGGAGGAGGGCCGCAAGAACGAGUUGCUGCUGUCCAAGGUGAAAGCCGAAGCCUCCUGAACAUUCCAUCAUGGGACGUCAUUGGUUUUUUUUUAAUCAUAUAAAUCAAUACAAGACCAUGAAAUGGUUCUGGACACUCUAGUAGAAAGAGGCAGUAAUGAUCCCAACACCCUGGAUAUUUUCUUUCUCCUGUGCACUUCCAUUUCAUCUCUGUGUUGGAGGUUGUUGACAGACUCAGGCAGUGCAGACAUGGUGGCCUGGAUAACACCCACCAUCCUACGAAGAAAUGUGGACAGUGGACGGUUUUUAUCCUCUGUGUCAAUUCAACUUUUAUUUCUCCAGUAGAAUUAAACAUAUGAGUGUA